CUUUGAACAGGGUGAUGCUCACAGAAUCGGCCCUCAGCCCAGCUCCAAGGAUCGCCGCGUCACCAAUUACGGUAGGCCGUGUGCAACAACGGUUUGGAAUUACACGUUCUUCUGCCAAGAUAAUUUCGGGGAAAGAGCAAGUUAAACCUGAAGUCUGCUGGCAAUGCAAAUGUCAUCGUAUUUCAGAUUUGUUUUUGGAGUCCCAUAUCAUAUCUCACAAAUAAUGCGUCUUUCCUUCGUCCUCGCCGUUGUUGCUGCUUUCAAGUUGACAGCGUCCAUGGCUAUCCGUGGUGACAGUGAUUGUCCCGAGUCCUGCACCAUGGGAGAAUGCUGCCUUGGCUAUUAUUGCCAGGUUAUAAUAGUUGGCGACACUGAUGUGUUCUUAUGUGUAAAAGGUGACCAGCCACCGGGCUACUAGCAUCUGAGUGAGUCGUAUUUCCGUUUUCGCCUUGGUGCACACUGCAGCGUGGUUGACGACACGA